CUGCGCAAACACAAAAUCCCCCAUUUUUUUCGGUAUUCGAAAGUAUAGACUCUCACUGGUCGGAGGAAAGAGUACGGGAAGCAAAUCGGGGUCUCGCCAAAAUGGUGUCGUCGGAGAGUGGAGACCCAAACCCGGUCCGGAAGCUGCUGGGGCUUGGGUUCUGGGUGCAGGGCUUUAGGUGCUUUCCUUGGAUGGCGGUGAACUUCUUUCUCAAGGACGGCCUCAAUGUGGACCCCUCCACGCUUCAGCUCCUCCAGAACUCCGCCAACCUUCCCAUGGUCGCCAAGCCCCUCUACGGCCUCGUUUCUGACGCCGUCUACAUUUCCGACCAGCAUCGCAUUCCCUACAUCGCUGUCGGAGCUUUCUUACAAGCAGUUUCAUGGCUAACUAUAGCAGUCCUAUCACCAUCAAGCGUCUCAAUCUUCACUGUCACCCUAUAUCUCCUCCUUAGUAACCUUGGUGCCUCAAUAGCUGAGGUUGCAAAUGAUGCCAUUGUCGCAGAGGUAGGAAAACAACCAAGUUCCUCUUCCAAAAGUUCUUCACCAUCUUCCUCAGGAGAGCUACAAUCAUUUGUUUGGAUGGCAUCCGCUGCUGGUGGGGUCCUUGGAAACCUCCUGGGUGGUACUGUAAUUGAUCGGUUCUCCCCCCAAACUAUGUUCUUUUUUUUCGGCCUGCUCCUUGCUGUACAGUUUUUUAUCACCAUUAACGUUCGUGAAAGCUCUCUUAACCUUCCCAAGAUCAAGGCUGAUGUGGGGAUUAGAAAACAACUUUCACAGCUCUCAGAUGCAUUAACAAAACCCGAGAUUGCUUACUCAAUAACAUGGUUUGCAUCAUCUUAUGCCAUAAUUCCAGCACUAACAGGCACCAUGUUCUUUUACCAGACAGAAUAUCUGAAGAUGGACUCAUCAGUGUUGGGUCUAUCUAAGGUGUUUGGUCAGGCAGCAAUGCUGUUAUGGAGCAUCAUUUACAAUCAUCAAUUGAAGUCGGUCUCACCGAGGAAACUGAUUUCAGCCAUUCAGAUAUUGAUGGCCAUAUUUAUGUUAUCGGAUGUGUUGUUUGUGAAGGGGUUCUACAGAAAGAUAGGUAUGCCAGACUCUGUAUAUGUUGUGAUUUUCUCAGGCUUAUUGGAGGUUCUCUUCUUUUUCAAGAUUCUGCCAUUUAGCGUUCUGAUAGCGAAGUUCUGCCCGCCAGGGUGCGAAGGAUCUUUAAUGGCAUUUGUUAUGUCUGCAAUAGCCCUUGCAUUCAUAGUGAGUGGAUAUCUUGGUGUUGCACUUGCAUCAUAUGUUGGUGUUACAGAAGACAACUUUUCAGGGUUUCCGCUUGCCCUCCUAAUACAGGCAUUAUGCACGAUUUUACCACUUUUUGGGUCAUCGCAUAUACCUGAUGAUGUGAAAUCCAAAUCCAGGACUAAAACGGAGUAACUUUGUGACACUUAUUUUUUUUCCCCUUUUAGUAUAGAUAUAUGUUAGUUCUUAAUACAUUUGUAUUUCAAUUAGCAAAUAAUCGUGUUAAGUAAUAUGUUCAACACUAGAAUUCUACAUUUUAUUGUAACGAUUUGUGUAUUAAUUUUUAAAGGUAACUUUAUUA